CAGAGACGCGGCUGUGUGUUAUUUUCGGAGCAGGAGGAGCUGACGGUUCGCAGACGUGUUCUCAAACAUCCUCAUCCCUUCGCUCCACCUCGCAGGGUGUGUGCGUGAAGCUGCGUGAAGCUGCGUGAAGAGGCUGCGUGAAGCUGCGUGAAGAGGCUGCGUGAAGCUGCGUGAAGCUGCGUGAAGAGGCGCGUGAAGCUGCGUGAAGCUGCGUGAAGCUGCGUGAAGAGGCUGCGUGCGUCGGAGCUGAGACGUUUCCAGCCACUUCACCUCAAUCCGCUGUGCGCAAACAGCCGCUGAUCGCGAUUCACCGAACCGGUCAGUGGAGAAGAUCGAUGCUGGGAAUACUUUUGUUUUAUUAUCAUCAUUAGGAUCAAAUCUGCUGGAAGCGACGAGACCGAGCUGUGUCCAUCCGGAGAGAGAGAGAGAGAGAGAGAGAGAGAGAGAGAGAGAGAGAGAGAGAGAGAGAGAGAGAGAGAGAGCUUCAGAUCCAGCAGAGAUAACCAAACCCUCAGAUGGCGAAGGCAGACCAGCGUUUCGGCCAGCGGGACGGCUCCGACCAGAACUUUGACUACAUGUUCAAGCUGCUGAUCAUUGGCAACAGCAGCGUUGGGAAAACGUCGUUCCUGUUCCGCUACGCCGACGAUUCCUUCAGCAACUCCUUUGUCAGCACCGUGGGCAUCGACUUCAAGGUGAAGACGGUGUAUCGCAACGACAAGAGGAUCAAGCUGCAGAUCUGGGACACGGCAGGCCAGGAGAGAUACCGCACCAUCACCACGGCCUACUACCGCGGCGCCAUGGGCUUCAUCCUCAUGUACGACAUCACCAACGAAGAGUCGUUCAACGCCGUCCAGGACUGGGCCACUCAGAUUAAGACGUACUCCUGGGAUAACGCCCAGGUGAUCAUGGUGGGCAACAAGUGUGACAUGGACGAGGAGAGAGUUGUGCCUGUGGACAAAGGGAAACAUCUCUCCGAGCAGUUAGGCUUCGAGUACUACGAGGCGAGUGCUAAGGAGAACAUCAACGUGCGGCAGGUCUUCGAGCGCCUGGUGGACAUCAUCUGCGUGAAGAUGUCGGAGCGUGUGGACGUCGAGGUGCCAACGGCCCCCGGCGCCAAGACCACCAGACUGACCGACAAGCCCGCCCAGCUACCUCAGAAGUGCUGCUGAUCGUCCGUCGCCCGUCGCCUCCCCUCUGCUGUCGCUUUGUUCGCCCCCAGAGUAAAAAAAAAAUACAAAUACAGCUCAACUAUCGUAACAUUCCUCAAAACACUCUCUGCUUCGGUCCAUGUUUGUGAGCAGUCAAUUAUCCCUACUGCAGUUUCUGCUAGCGUUUAUAUCGGCUCGCCAGUUUCACCCGCCCCCCGUCCCUGAGUAUCUGAGGUUGGUCCUUACAUAGACGAGGAGUCACAGCAGCACUGGUCUCCAAACAAAACCUGAUUUGGUGUGUUUGAAAAGUUUAAAGAACCACUUUGGAUUACGCUCCUGUGACGUUCAUGAUGUUACGAGAAAAAAGGCCCGAUCACUUCAGUUCCAUGAAAACCUAGCGGAAUUCUCACGUUGCUAUUUGCUAGUUCAUUGACCGCUAACACGCGUCCUCAUUAAAGAGGUUGUGCAGAAAACCUAGCGUCAUUCUCACGUUGGUUCCACACUUUUGAUCACGCCAAAUUCAGAUUGUGUCGGAGCGCCAAGCCGGUUCCACAGGUCAGCACAGCACUGCCUCUCCUCGAAGUGUAGCACAACGAGAAGCUGGCACCACCGCAGCUGCUCACGAUCACAAGUUUACAGGUCGCAGUCGUUCCCCGAGUCAGCCGCUGCUUCUCAGAUAGUUGGUGAUAGUUGGGUCCACUCUAAUUCAAUAUGCCUAUAACUCUUACUGGCCUUACUUAGUGCUGUGUUUUGGCUUGAAAGACGCUUUAGGGCUACACCACCAAUGCACAACUCUCCGGCAGGGCUGCAGCUGAAAUCAUGUGAGUCCAUGUGAGGAGGGGGUCGAGUCCCAGACGGACACUGGUCCAGUCUGAGAUGCUCCUGCACAGUGGUUUUGCACCAACAGUUGAGAUGAUAGUGCCUAUUGUGAUGUUUUAACAGGGUUCCUGCAGAUUGUUAUCAGGUAGACAGAUGAGACAAAUCAAUAUUCUACAGUAUUUGUACUGGAACCAUAGUAACAGCAAAUGUGUUGCACUAUUCAUGAAGAAGCAUGAAAUGUACAAGGGAAACAGCUGCACUGGUGCAGACACCAGAGUCCGACCACAGCAAAAUGUGCACAUGAAAACAGUGAAUUUACAUAAACAAACAACAUAUAAAUGAAAUGAAGCACAAUGAAUUCACCAAAGACCAAAUGGGAGACUUUUCCUUGUAACUAUGGAAACAGUCAUAUCUCUGACAAGAUUCAAAUCAUUUAAUCAUAAGCUUAGUAAUUAGUCAUAAGUCGUGAAUACAACUAAUCUAUGAGUAACACUCACAGUUUCUUACAUCAGGACAUUAACCAAAUGUUUGAGUCGUGAACUUAAUAUUCUCUUACCUGUGUACGACUGGUUUUACUGGAGGACACCUGCAGAGGGCACCAGAGACCCCAGACUUUCAUUGAACUGCCAGAUUUGCAUGAAGUAAACAUCAGAAAAAACUGAGCAUAUUAUUUUGUCUAGAUUGGUCUGAGUGGAGCAGUGAUGAGUAAAUUCCAUUGCCAGCUCAUCACAUGUCGUUUUCCUCUGAUGUUAUGUCGCAGACUUUUAGUUUGUCUUCAAAUUUGUCCAAAGUGGACGACUGCCUGAAGGCCCCAGACACCGGGGGAUCUUGACUCAUGUCAUUUAGUUUACAGCUCGUUGUGAGUGUGCACUUUAAAUUCCACAGAUUCAUCAGUCUCCCCUGGUUGUGGAAAUGUGAUCAGUUAGUAAGUUCUGUUCAAGUUCAAUCUGUGACUCUAGUUUUAAAAACCUGCAACAUAUUCCUCAUUAAGUGUUUGUUCAAAUAACCACAAACAUAUAAAUGAUUGUUCCAGUAAUUUAUGGUCAAUAGGAGGCGGCAGGGAGCAGCUUCUCAAACCUUGAUGCUACAAUGUCUUUUGCUGUCUCUGGCUCUUGUGGUUUUGUAAUUGACAAACUUCUAUGUAAAGUUUUCUGGUGUUUCCCAAGAAUAAAUAACCAACUUUUGAAGACUCAUAAAUCAAACUGAACCAAAACAAAAGAAGACAAAACGAUCCAGUGAUCUGGACCCAGGUCGAACCCUCUCGACUUGCCACAGACUGGAGCGCUGCAGCCCUGCUUCAUGGUGGCUUACAGCUUUUGCACUGGCCGACACAACCCAACGCCAUACUGAGGGUGUUUUAUACUCACACAUGCAACAUGUGAGCAGAGCUGCUGAGUGAAGAGCACAUGGUUCUCUCCUUCCCCGUUAGCAGGUGUUGUCACGUAGCCGUCAUGUGUGCAGUGUUUCCUACAUGAACGUAGUGUGUGUGUGUGUGUGUGUGUGUGUGUAUGUGUGAUAUUAGAGCCAACGUUCUAUUGUUGCAUAUGGUUAAGAUAUUUAUUGCGUGUUCAGUUGUAAGGGUUUUUGUGUUUGUGUACAGUAUCUUUGACGGAAGUGUGAUAUUUUGAUAACGUCAUGUCAGCUGAGAAACAGUGUGCGUGCACAUGAACGAGAUUGUGGAGGAAAAAAAUGUGCAUUUAUUAUUAGAUAUUAAAAAACAAUAUCCUGCCAAAUUGUGAAAUAGCUACCACAGCGCAGGAUUCUGUGUGUGACUCCCAAACAUGUGUCUUCAUAUUGAUAAAAACAUACAAUAAUAUUGACAUUGUCUUCAUAUGAUUAUUUUUAAGUGAAUUUGUAAAUGAUAGAAUUAGAAACUAUAAUGGUGUUGUAUGAAUUUAUGAAUUUAUUUUUAUGCUGUGUAUACCAUGGACAAAUUAUAUAUAGAGUUUAUGUAAACUUGUUGUCUUACAGUUCACUCCUCUACGGGGAGAAGCACAAAGUGAUUGUACAAAAUAUUGUGAAUGUUUGUAUAUUAUAGAUGCAAUUUAGUAUAAUAAAAGUCACAAUCUUAA